AUGUCCGGGAAGGAGCGCAGCCCCCGCCAUCGGCCGUGGUCGGUCUACCGGGCCAACACGUUUGAUCUCUCAGCUGAGAUGAUGGGGCUGGCUCUAUCGGGCAACAGUGAGGAUCCAGACGAGCCUGUGCUGGAGUUUAGUGUGGCCUGCAGCGAGCUGGUCACUCCCUCUCUGGACCGUAAGCCAACCAGCUUCGUCGCCAUCAGCUGCACCACUCCGCCCCAGGCCUUCUGGACCAAGCACGCUCAAACUGAAAUCAUAGAGGGCACCAGUAACCCUAUCUUCCUGUGCAGCGUGGCAUUCUUUCAGGACUCUCUGAUCACUCAGCAGACACAGGUCAAGCUGUCUGUCUACGACGUAAAGGACCGCACACAGGGCACGAUGUACAUGCUUGGUUCAGCCAUGUUUCCUGUGAAAGAGCUGCUGCAGGACAAACACCACAGACUGCACCUGACUCUCAGGUCAGCGGAGAACAACCGUGUUGGGAACAUCACCGUCAUCGCCUGGCAGAUAGAGGAGAACCGCGAGCAGAGAGCUCCCGUUGCCAGAUUACAGAGAGGAGACACUGUUAAUGGAAGGAUGGUUCUCCCUGUUGAUGAAAGCCUGACUGAAUCCAUGGGCAUUAAAUCCAAGUCUUCAUCUCUGUGUAAAGACCCAUUGCUAAAGGCUGUGUUUGGGGGCAUCAUGUCUCGAAUGUACCGGCUCCCCACCACCGACGGCAACCACCUUCGGAUCCUGGAGCAGAUGGCGGAGAGUGCGCUCUCCCUGCAUAUUCCUCGACAGUUUGUCAAGCUGCUGCUGGAGGAAGACGCCGUCAGGGUGUGUGAGUUGGAGGAACUGGGCGAGCUGUCUGCAUGUUGGGAGAACCUCAGGAGGCAGAUCAUCACUCAGUAUCAGACCAUCAUCCUCACCUACCAGGAGACCAUAAGUGACCUGCACGAAUACAAAGGUCCUUCUUUUAAGUCUAGUACCUUGAAAACUGAGAGGAAGUUGGAGUUUAUUCCUACUAAUCUGCACAUCCAGAGGAUGAGAGUACAGGGAGAGUCUGGCUAUGACCGGACGUACGAUGUUGUGACUAUCGGUGCACCUGCAGCACAUCAUCAGGGCUUUAAAGGCUGCGGCCUCCGAAAACUGCUGCAUAGGCUUGAAGAAGCCAGGAAACACACUUAUGAGGAGGAAAGCUCUGCUGGUUCUGGCUAUAAAGGAAUGGCAUACCAGCCUCAGGAUGUUGUGAAAGCGAAGGAGCUGAUCGGUCAAAUAAACACUCUGAAGACACAAGUGUGUUACUACACUGAACGCCUGUCGCGAGCCGCCAAGGAGCGCUCAGCCAACGCUCUGGAUAGAACCCUGGCCAUCCUAUCGGAGAAGACUCGUCAGUUGGUGAACGUGUGUGACUCCAAGCUGCUGUCCUCAGCCAUCCUCGCCCUGGCAUCCGCCCGCCCAGAAUCCACUCUGCAAACCCCGUCCCCGUCCUCCUCCUCCCUUUCACCCUCCUCUCGUUCCCCGUCGCGCUCCCCCUGCCGCCACCCGACCUCCCCAUCUCGUGCUGCCACCUCGCCUUCUCGGUAUGCAGAGGGCAGCGAAGGGAGUAAAAACAAGCGCUCCUCCUUGCAGGCAGAUUUGCAUGAGGAGGACUGGGAGAAGGUUUGGCUAAAUGUGAAUAAGAGCCUGGAGUGUGUGAUCCAGAGGGUGGACAGGCUCCUGCAGCGAGACAAACUUCAGAGCGACAGUAGCUCGGAGGAUGUCUUCCUGCUCGCCAGCGAGGAAUCGGGUAACACUAAGAAAGACAUCAGCCCAGAGGUAGAAAAACCGUCCCCAGGGGAGUGGAGCGACGCUCUGUACCCUCUCCUCACCACGCUGACGGAUUGUGCUUCUCUGAUGAGCGACAAAGCCAAGAAGGCCAUGGUGUUUCUGCUGAUGCAGGACAACGCCCCCACCAUCGCCAUGAGCCUCACCCUGCAGUACCGCCGCGACGUUGUCUUCUGUCAGACGCUGACGGCGCUGAUCUGCGGCUUCAUUAUCAAGCUGAGGAACUCUCUCUGUGACUCGGGCUUCCUCAGGCAGCUACACACCAUCGGCUUACUGGUGCAGUAUGAGGGCCUGCUCAGCACUUAUGGGGAGGAGCUGGCCAUGUUGGAGGAUAUGAGCGUCGGAGUGAUGGACCUAAGAAAUGUCACAUUUAAAGUUACCCAGGCAACUUCAGGCUUCGCCCCGGACAUGCUGCCUGUGAUCACAGGAAACAGGAACGGCUUCAACGUCAGGGUUCCCAUGUCCGGGGCGAUGUUCGACACGCUGCCACGAGAGAUUCAGAACGGGAUGCUGCUGCGCGUGCAGCCCGUCCUGUUCAACGUGGGAAUCAAUGAACAGCAGACGCUGGCUGAGAAGUUUGGAGACACGUCACUACAAGAGGUGAUCAACAAGGAGAGCACCACUCGCCUCAGCUCGUACUACGACCAAUUUAAAGAGGUCCUGCCAGAAGACUGCCUGCCUCCCUCUCGCAGUACCACCAGUCUGCCCGAGCUGCUUAAACAGCUGAGCCAGAAUGCGAACGCCAAGAAAAGCAAGAACGUGGAGAUUUUGUGGCAAGCAGCCGAGACAUGUCGCCGCCUGAACGGAGUGCGGUUCACCAGCUGUAAGAGUGCCAAGGACCGCACAGCCAUGUCCCUGACCCUGGAGCAGUGUCAGAUCCUGCAGCAGGAGCACGCCCUCGCCCCACAGGUCUUCUACCAGGCCUUGGACUGUAUGCGCAGUGAGGGCUGCAGGAGAGAGAACACCAUGAAGAAUGUGGGAUGUCGUAAAUACGCCUUUAACUCUCUCCAGCUCAAAGCCUUCCCCAAACAGUAUCGCCCUCCAGAGGGCACGUACGGGAAAGUGGAAACCUAAAUGAGCUCUUCUAACUGGAGAAAAAAACCCAAAAGACUGACGGGGAUAAUGAUGAUAGCACCACACAAACAAAAAAUACCAAACACAAACUGGAACAACAGCCCUUCGUUUUGUGCUUAGUCACUGUUAAGAUGAUAAUUGUGCAAGUGCCAGUGCUACUGUAGAUUGUUUUAUAGCGGUUUUACCCUCUCCUCCCGUAGUGCUAGAAUCACACACUUUUCACACUUCAUGGCCAGAAAGAUGUCUCUCUAUGUUACAUCGAAGCAGCGUGCAGACAACACUGUUGGCUGCUGUACCAGUCGUUGCAUCAGGAAGCAUUCUGCCGACGCAUUUGAACUUGUCUCCGGGAAGAAAUAAGAUGUGCAAAUGUCUCCGCCUUUAGAAAGAUGAUGUGGGGCACAUGUUUGUACUUGUCCUCGUUGCUUUUAUUUGAUCUGAUCAGUUUGUCAGUUACAGGAUGAGGCUGCAGAUAUUCUACAUUUUUCAACAUAUUUGCAAGACCAAAACUUACAAUGAAUUGAUCAACGACUGACUGGCACAGGUGAGUGCUGUAAAGCUCCUUCCUGCUUAUGGUGCCCUGUUAUAGGAAAUGUCUGACCUUUAACAACAACAAAAAAACUAUAUUUGUUUAUGUUUGUGUUUAGGAGGUAUAUAUGGGCCACAUACGGGGUAAGAAAGUAGUAGGAUAGGAUUGAGGAACACACAAUUGCAUUGUUGGUUUUGGUCUUUAAAUGGGAUUUACUGACAUAAAGAAUAAUACCACCCUUGUCCUUUAAAGCUCCACUAGUUAAGUUGUUGAUAAAGGAUUGUUUUUCAGCCCAAAACACAAAGUGAAGCUGCAUUGAGAGCCCAAGGAUUUUAUCUUAUUUUUCAAGACAAGAGGUGACAAAUUUUGGGAAAUGGUAACAGCAGCAAGCAAGCGACUGAUUGUCUAGUGAUGAAAAAAAUGAAAAACGAUUUCUUGAAAAUAUGUUUUUAAGAAAAUGACUGUGUAUCUUUCCGCCACUUGGAGCUGCCUACAUGUGAAGUUGCCCAGCGUGGCUUUGAUCAGACCAUCAGGUUUGUUAAAACAGAUGUCUUUGCUUGUUUGCAAAUUUCUCUGGACCUAAAGGCAAAGCACUUAUUUAGUCUGUUUCUCUCCCACUGUCUCUCCUUCUUGUCUUUCUUCUUCAAUCACAUAAAUAUCCAACACUGUAUCACUCUCUAGAACAAACACAACUCUUCUUUAUCAAAGUACAUAUCUCACACCACUUUAUGGUAUUUGUAUUCCAAUGAUGUCCCAUCUAAUGUGAUUUCUGCGGUUCUUCUGGUGCUUCACUGGAAGCAUCAAUGGGGAACUGGUUCACAAAUUGUGGGCUUCUAAAGUGGUGCAUCACAUUAGUCUAUGAACAUUUCUGCAGAUAUUAAAGACAUUUUUGAAGGUUAUAUGCAGCACUAUAGCCGUUCGAUGGCCCUUCAAACUUUAAGCAUCUAUUUAUUACAGUAUGUGUUCUUAGUUUUAGAGCAAUCAGUUGAAUUAUGCAGAACUUAAUGAUUGAUAUUGGAUUAAAACUUUAAAAUGCGUAUUAAUUUAACCUGCAUGAAGAAAAAAAAACUAUUGCAAUUGUAUACUGUUGCGAUUACCCAUGAGCACUAGAUGGAUGUUUCUAGGCUGAAGUGAAAUGAUGCAUAUUGCGUUUGUCUACCAACCAUCAACAACACCUCAUCUGUUGUCGACCUCGUCUGUCAGUUUACCAGCUCCAAUGUACUUAAUUGUAUAAAACUUACAUAGACAGGGAAUUUUAUUUUGAAAAUGUUAUUUUGCUUACAGGUAUUUAUGUUGAUAUGGCUGUUGUUGCCAAAUGCUGUUUUAGUUUUCUCCAUUGUUCUCGAGGCAGUAAGAACCUUGUUCAGUUGUACAUGCACACAGGUUGGACCUGUGAGUUUUGGAGAGGCCUGCACCCCCACAGAGGUAUAAAGUGAAACUG